AUAUUUACAACAGAAUUGCUCACAAUUAAAAGUGCGGAAAGAUGCUCAGUAGAUUUAUUUCGUAUUUCUCUACUUGAAGCUCUCCUCCCUCCCCGUUUCACUUCGACUCCACCUCGCCGCCGUGUUUGGGAAAAGUAGGCUAAAAUCUCGAUUUCAACUCAAGGUGACUGAACCUUGUCGUUGCUUCGACUACUGGGCAAUACUGACUCAAAGUAGCAUUCUAGUGCAGAGCUAAGAUCACUUUGAUUUUUGUUAUGGUGGUUAGAGCUUGAGGUGGGGUAAGCAUCUAAAAGAAAGAAUGUCUGUACCCACUCCCUAUUGAUUUGCCCCACGAGUGUUUUGGUGUAAUUAAACAAUUCCAUGUUUGUAAUACUAAAUGAUUCUCUUUCGUCUUGCCUUGAAAAUGUAAUAGCUGUACUGUAAUUGACUGCUUUAUCUUCUUGUCCACAUUGAGCAUUCUAUACACGCUAGAUGAUCUUGUGGAAGAUUACUAACAUUCUUUAGUCUUCAGAUCAAUAGGAUGGCCAGGGCUGAAGGUGAUAUCAAAGAACCGAUGAAUGAGCAAGCCAUUGCAAAUAUAUAUGCUUCAAUGAGGAAUGAAAUCAACCAAAUCUAUUCCAAGAUCACCGAGCUGGAAAUGGAGGUCAGCGAGCACUCCCUCGUGAUCAACGCCAUAAAACCACUUGAUCCAUCAAGGCGAUGCUACCGGAUGAUUGGAGGUGUUCUUGUUGAGAGAACAAUCAGAGAAGUUCUGCCAGCUGUGCAGAGAAAUAAGGAGGGUAUUGAAGAGGUAAUUGCUCGGCUCAACGAAGCAUCCGAGAAGAAGAAAAAGGAUCUAGCCGAAUUCGAGGCCAAGUACAAAAUCAGAAUCCGAAAGGGCGAUGGUGAAAUGAAGGAUGAAAGUAAGAAGGAAGGGAAUGCACAGGGCGUCCUCGUUGGCCCUGCCGGUUCUAAUUAAUAGCAGGUGAAGGUUAUAUGUUUUUGUAUCAUCCUUUUUCCUUUUGUAUCUAUUGUGGUACUGCACGUUAGGAAUCUUGAAGCUUUUCCUGGGUUAGGACAUGACAACUUUGAACUGAUUGGAACUUUUGAGUUGAUCAAAUUUUCUGGUGUUUUGAACUUUGUGAAUGAAUCAUCAUGUUCACGGUA